AUGCCGCCGCAGACGACGCAGCCGAUAGGUACACGCCUAGCAUGGCAUCGCGAGACAGGCACAGUACGGUACUGCGGCGCGUUACCUCCGCAUGCAGGUACAUGGUACGGCAUUGAAUGGGAUCGGCCGGAGCAGGGCAAGCAUGAUGGCACUGGCCCCGAUGGGACCAGGUACUUUGCUUGUGCACCGAAAGGCGGCUCGUUUUUGCCUGUGCAUGCGCCCAUCGAUUGGGGCGUCUCGUUGGCCGAGGCCUUGUGCGCCAAGUACGAAGAGGCCGCAUCCAGUCCAACGUUGCGAACCGUGAGCUUGGUCGGCGCACCACCGCCCCCGGCACCCGCAGACGCGUCAUGUGUAUACGUAUCCCACCUCGGCCCGCCCCAUGCAUGGGACCGCUUGUGUCCCAACCUCACAGACUUGGACUUAUCGCGCUCUUUGCUUACCUCCUGGCACGCGCUGGCGUGGCUCGCUCACCAUCGGCCUCUCACGCAUCUACGUGUGGAUCACGUACGCAUGGAGGCCCCACCGAAGGAUCUAGCGAUGUGUCCUCACCUAACGCACCUGGUGGUCGGCGAUACCACGCGGCCCUGGUCCGAUGCCGUCACACUGGGCCGCGCCAUGCCGGCACUCACGACAUUGCAUUGGCACCACCAGUCUCUGACGCAUUUAGACAUGACGCCAGAGGAAGCACCGAGUCUAGCCCAGGUCUUCCCCCACGUUCAUACGCUCAGCCUGGAAGGCAAUGCACUGAGCUCCUGGUCCCACCUCGUCACUCUCCUGGUCUGGAUGCCUGCGCUGACCAAGCUUCUUCUACAUGACAAUGCACUCACACACAUCGACGCCGCCACACCCACGACGCGGAUCUUUGCUCAUCUGAACGAAAUCCAUGUACAUACCCUUUCUAUGGCAAGCCUCCGUCAUUUAGAGAGCUAUAUACCAGGCCAAUGGAGUCUGGUCCUAGAGCCAGCCAAGGACCACGACGAGCCACCACGCUGGCAAUGCAUCGCCCAGUUGGCCCGCCUCACUCGACUCAACCAUACCGACAUUGUACCGGCAGAACGGACAGAGGCAGAGCGGUAUUAUCUUCUCCAUGCUCGCCCAGGCGAUCCGCGGUACGAGGCACUGUGUGCGAUCCAUGGCGCCCCUGCAACAGCGCCAGCACCAACGCCGACGUUGCGCGCCAAGUUGUUGGAAGUGUUGGUCGUUCGGCAUCCAACCCCGCCAACGUUGGCCGAAGUGCCGACACUGCGCGAGACGGCGGUAUUGUGUGCCCUGCUUCGGACCAUGCCCAGCGGCAGUACAAAGCGGCAGGGAUGGCAACAGAACUUUAUGCUGUACUAG